AAUAACCCUGCAAAUGAGGUCUGUUCCUGAUCAGAAACAACACAAAUAGGGUAUAUAUGAUGCACUUAGUCGGUGAAAUCCCUGCUUAAACAGAUAAGAAGAAAUCACUGCUAGCAGAGAGUUAAAAAGCGGCGUUCAACAUGAUUUUCCCGAUUCAACGGAACCGCCAUUUUGUUUUCCCACUCUGAGUUGAGGCGUAUCCGCGUGAGACUGGGCAUAGUAAUACUCAUCUCUGAUUGGUUAAUCAGAUUGUUUAUCAAAUAUAACCAAAAAUGGUAAUGUUCCGCACUGAUGAUGAUGUAUUCUCAGUAUCAAACCGAAUCGAGCCAACAAUAUAAUUAAUCAACUUUGAAAAAUAUCUUUAUUUCGGCAUAAGAAAAUAAGGUCAGAUGUUUGGAAUGAAGGCCUUGCACAUCUACUUCAUGUUGACUGCAUUCUCAACAGGGUGUUUGUUUAUAUUUUUCUGCGGAGUAAACCUCGGAGUAAACCAGGAACCUCAGCACAAAUCAUUUCUACCGGCAUCCGUCAACAGAUUCAAGUUCCAAGUAAACACAAGCAAACCGGAGUAUGCAUUACCAUCACCCCAAGACACUAGCCCAAAGCACGUAUACUUCAGAACUGUAAUACAAGCCUUGUUAAAGCGCGAAGAAGCUAACAUUAACAUAGAAGAAGUUGAAAAACUGUACAAGAAGUCCCUCGAGAAACCUACUCGUCGGAAGCUUAUUCUGGCCUAUACUCCAUUCUUCGGCUCAUCUCCAUGGCCAAUGUUCGAUAAUACAACGUUUAACAGUUUUCUGUGGGAGAAAGGAUGUCCUAUGUACAACUGCGAUUUUACUUGUGAUAAAAAAUACCUAAACGUCAGCGACGCGGUGUUGUUUCACGGAAGAGAUAUGACGCCAUUAGCCGAGCUGCGGUCGUUAAUGAAUCGAAAGUCGCCGCAUCAAAGAUGGGUAUUUUACCUUCGCGAGAACCCAAUAAAUACAUUCCUUAAUCUACCGCAAUAUAACGGGAUUUUUAACUGGACUAUGACAUACAGGACGGACUCGGAUAUCUAUGUACCAGGAGGGGUUUAUUACAGAGUUCCAACCAACAUGACAGGCAAUGAGAAUUACGCGAAGGGAAAGGACAAGUUGAUUUAUUGGCCAGUUAGCAAUUGUGGGAACUCUCGCGACAAUAUUGCGAAGAAACUUAGUGAGUUCGUACAGGUUGAUGUGUAUGGGGGUUGUAGACGAAACUUUCCCAAAAGUACUCCUGGUCUUUCAUGCCCAAGGAACUCAAAAGAAUGCGAUACACUUAUGCGAAGUUACAAAUUCCGGCUUUCAUUUGAAAACAAAAACUGCGUCGAUUAUAUCACCGAGAAAUACUGGUACCCCUUGGAAAAAGGGAAUAUUCCGAUUGUGUUAGGAGGAGCAAGUUAUGAUUCAAAGUUGGUCGUUCCAGGCUCUUAUAUAAACGCUUUAGACUUUCCCUCUGUCAAAGCCUUGGCCGACUAUAUCCAAUACUUGGACAAGAAUGAUACAGCUUAUAACGAAUAUUUUCAAUGGAAAAAAUACUAUCACGCCGAAGAGAACGUGCUGACUUUCCCUUGCCAUUUGUGCACCGCGCUGAACAUUGACUUGAAACCGCGGGUUUAUGAUAACAUCGAUACAUACUGGGGAAAAAGUGAAAACUGUGGUGCAAAUGAUGCAAAAAUGAGAAACAUGCUGUGAAUUUUUUUUUAAUCAUUUCCCUUAUAAGUAUUUAAUAUAAAUAGUAAAUUAAGUUUAUAUAAGUUGUAGUAUUACAGGCAGGUUUAGGUGACCAUUGCCGUCCGAAUUUUGCCGUCGCAUCGGCUAAAUUGGCCGUCGCAACGGAUACGGGAUAACUCGUAAAAACAGGAUUGUUGUGUUGCAAAUGCAGAGAAAGACCAUAAAAAGUUUACGGAUGAUACAUCUGACGAUCGAGUGAAACAGAAGUCCUCCAAUAACUCGUAAAUGCAAGCAUUUAUGAGUUAAAAAGAGUGUAUUUACUUACACCUUGUCAAUAACCCAUUAAUGCAGGUGUAAAGCUCUCUUUUGUUUUCCUGCUUUUUAAAGAGAUAAUUGCUUCAGUCACGCUUGCUGGUUUACAAUCAACAAAUUAAAAGGUUUUGCACGGA